AUGGCCACUCAAGAGCAAUUGAAUAAACUUUUCGAAGUUGCCAACGAGGCAAAGAAGAGAGCCUAUUGCAAAUAUUCCAAUUUUAGAGUUGGUGCUGCUUUGCUUUGUGAAGAUGGUACUAUUAUCUCUGGUUGCAACGUCGAGAAUGGUAGUUAUGGAUUGACCAUCUGCGCAGAGAGAACCGCAUACACCAAAGCCAUCUCCGAAGGUCACACCAAAUUCAAAACCAUCGUUGUAACAACUGAUGUUGAAGAUAGAUUCAUUACACCGUGUGGUGCAUGCAGACAGUUUGGAAUUGAAUUUGGAAACUUUGAUGUAUAUUGUGUCAAACCAGAUCUAAAAUCAUUUUUCAAAUCAACUACCUCCGAUUUACUACCAGGAUCUUUCACUCCAGCCGACUUGGAUGCUCCAAGAACCAACAAUUAA